AUGUCAAUCCUAGUCCUCCCUCCAGAAGUAAUUGAAGCCAUCGCGGUGAACACUGUAGUUGCUGGUUUCCCAACUACCAUUGCUGCAUUUGCCCAGACAUGUCGCACCAUCCGUGCUAUUAUCUAUAACACAUCUGAUCACCAGUUAUGGCGUGAGGUGUUCCUCGCUGUUUUCGAUGAUCCACGUGCAUGUCACUACAUUGACACUGCGGAUUUCGAUUGGGGAUCCGAGUUCAAGCGACGGACCUGGGCCGCGGGAUAUCUGUGCACGCAUACAUGCCUGCUGCCCGUGCAAAAGCCACACGCGUUGCGCUCGCGCACGACAGCGAUCGAACACCCAGAACUGCCUGACACGUCACCCGCGGAGAAUGCACGUCUUCUAUACACACUGCUUUCUGUGAUCAAGACCAGUGCCCCAGCAAGCUCGCCGCACGGUUUUGAAGACCUGCACAGUCUCACCCACGCACAUAACCUUCCCUAUACGCACCAGCACACCCCGUUGAUCGUCCUCCCUGCAUUCCAUGGCCCGUCUCUUAACGUGGAAUGGUUGCGCACAACGCUCGAGCGUGGCUUGCCCCCCUCUAUCAUCGCUAAAGUGUCAGGGGAGUUUUUCGACGAAACGUGGCUCGUGACUCCAGAAGCACAAGCCUUGUGCCAGCUGAUCUGUUGCACUGGAUUCAUGCCUGUGCCUCAAUUACAGGAAGAGCCGGAAUCCGGCAGUACCUCUUCGUCUACUAAACGUAAAGCCAAGCGUAAAUCUCGCAAAAAAGCAAAUCAAGCACCACUAGAUAUGAGCGUCGACGCGCAGCAGAAACGCGCACGCUACCGUGCGCGCGAGCGGGUAUACGAUCUCAAUUAUCUGAAACGGCGCAGGCAUUGGGGCCCGUUCCGCCCUGUCAUGCCCUCUGCUCUUCCUCCACCAUCAUCAUCUUCUCCAUCGGCAGACGCAAAUCCCGACAGAAAUGUGCUGUACACGAUGCUUGACCCAUCGGACCUCGAUUCGUCCUCGUCCGACUCAGACUUCGUGCCGAUGGACGACCCGAGGCGCCAGUCCUCUGCGACGCCACCCUCUGAGCCCGAGCCGGACUUCUCCGCGCCGUUGAGGAAGCGACGCGAGCCUACCGCGGCACAGCUCUUGCCAGACUGGACGUGGCUGGCUGCCGCACGCAUCAUCUGUGAGGCGAACAUGCGCACGCAAGGCCCUGCACAAGACAACGUCGAAGAGCUGUGUCAGUGGGAUGGGGUCCGCGAAUACGCGUGGAUCCAUACAACCGAGGGGAAAGACCCCGCUGAGGAAGAUGUGACAGCUCAGGGAAAGGCGACCCAGGUGAGAGACGAGGAAGUGCAAGGGUGGGACUGGGCAGGCGUUGAGGGUGUUUGGAGGCGCUGCGUAUCCUGGCUUGACUACACAGAUCUCAUAAAUCAUAACAACGUUGGAGAAUUUGAUGAUCCCGACCUGGAGGAGGCGAUGCUAAUUGUGCCACUGCGCCUCCGCAUUGUGGGCUAUGGCCCUCCCGCAAUUCCUACUCAUGUCGACCGCCCAACGAUUAAAGUGGAGGGCGAAAUGGGUGGGGCAGGUUGGGUCGGCGUUCCAGAGGUAAAUGACGAUGUGCGCAAAAUCCAUGGAACAGUUUCCACGAUCGCAGAUGGCAGCAUUCGGUGGAGCCUUUAUUCGUCACAUGAGGACUCGAACACAGACCAAUGGGUCUCUGAGGCAAUCCAGGUUGGCGGAGUCGGUUCGGCGAUGGGCGUACUUGGGAUGUGGACUGGUGCAUUCCACGAGGAUGACGACCCACUAGGAGCGUUCUGGGCGUGGAGGGUUGCUUGA